GCCCAAGGAAUAACAUUAGUUCCAGCUUCACAAUGAGUUGUUUACUGGCCUUGGCUGCCUGUGGGAACAGCCAAGAAGAGCGGAGGAAAAGGAGAGACAAACACAAUGCGAGCAAGACACGUUAGGUGGGAGGCUGGGCUUUAAAAGCAGACUCAGGAUUUCAAACCUAUGGAACUGGAGAGGGCUGAAAAAAGAAAGAAAAGGGCACCAGCUGCUCCACAGCAUAAACAGGCUGAGGAAAAUAAGCCGUCUGCUGCAUUAACUGCUGCUGCCAGAAGAUCCUCUUCCCUAGCCGAAGGGCUGCUAUUAAAGGAUGAAAGGAUUCGUGAGGGAGAUGUGGUAGCAAGGUGUCAAGGAACCUUCCUGGAAUGUGUUUCUUCAGGAAGAGAAGAGAUCACUGCCUUAUUUUAUGGAUGCCACUGAAGUAGACUUUGAAGUUCUUUGGAAGCACAUCACAAACUUGGCAUGGGAAACCACAGCAACAAUCAUACCUGUUUGACAGAUGAUUCCUUUAAGUACAACUUGUAUGGAGCUGUGUACAGCGUGGUCUUCAUCCUUGGUUUGAUUACCAACUGUGCCUCCCUCUUUGUUUUCUGCUUUCGGAUGAAGAUGCGAAGCGAAACCGCCAUUUUCAUGACAAAUCUGGCUGUUUCAGAUUUGCUUUUUGUGUUCACUUUGCCUUUUAAAAUUUUUUAUAAUUUCAAUAGGCAUUGGCCUUUUGGAGACAGCCUGUGCAAGAUUUCUGGUACAGCAUUCCUCACUAACAUCUAUGGGAGCAUGCUGUUCCUCACCUGCAUUAGUGUUGACCGUUUCCUUGCCAUCGUCUAUCCAUUUCGAUCUCGCACCAUUAGGACCAGGAGAAAUUCUGCCAUAGUCUGUGCUGGUGUUUGGAUACUGGUCCUCAGCGGUGGAAUUUCAGCUUCACUGUUCUCCACAACCAACAUUUCCAACACCAGCACAACCUGUUUCGAAGGUUUUUCCAAACGUAUCUGGAAAACCUAUCUGUCUAAGAUCACUAUAUUUAUUGAAGUGGUGGGAUUCAUAAUUCCUUUGCUACUCAACCUUACAUGCUCUUCUUUAGUUCUCAGGACUCUCCGGAAACCCGCCACCUUGUCUCAGAUUGGGACAAACAAAGAGAAAGUAUUGAAAAUGAUCAUUGUGCAUGUGGCCAUUUUUGUUGUGUGCUUUGUGCCUUACAACUCCAUACUCUUCUUGUAUGCUCUUGUGCGGUCCCAAGCGAUAGCAAAUUGCUCCUUGGAGAGGUUUGCAAGGACAAUGUACCCUAUCACGUUGUGCAUUGCAACAAUGAACUGCUGCUUUGACCCGUUCAUCUAUUACUUUACAUCAGAAUCCUUCCAGAAGUCUUUCAACAUAAAACCCCAGAUAAAAAUGGAUUCUCUUUUCAAGACUGAGACACCUCUAACAAAGACUGCGCUACCAGCGCCACAGGAUGAAAUAAGUGACCAGGCUAUUACGAAUGGAGGAGACCCAACAUCUGAAUCGCGUUUCUAGCAAGAUGUUUACACAUGGAGUUAUCCCCCAUUAACUUUUGAUUAACACCAUGUGUGAAAUACUUGUUUCAGAAUACGUGGGUUCACACAUGGUGUUAAUGAAGAAAAGUUGCUGGGGGAUAACUAUGCAGGUAGACAAAUCCUUAUACUGGGAUGGUCCCAUCAGAUGUACCAGGCAAAUAUGAAAUAUA